AUGAGGUCCUCUGUGUCUCGGCAGACCUAUGCUACCAAAGGAGGCUUUAGCUCCAACUCCGCCAGUGGAGGGGCCGGCUCUCGGACCCACACCAGCUUCAGCUCAGUGACUAUGUCCCGGAGCGGUGGCAGUGGUGGUGGGGUCCACUACGGCCCCCGCAUAGGUGGCUUUGGUAGCCGGAGCCUCUAUAAUUUGGGGGGCAGCAAGAGCAUCUCAGUCAGUGUGGCCUCCUCGGGCCGGGGUCUGGGAGGCUUUGGCCACAGCAGUGGGGCCUAUGGAGGCCUGGGUGCUGGCAGGCAGACAUUUGGGCCUGUCUGUCCUCCUGGUGGGAUCCAGGAAGUCACCAUCAACCAGAGCCUGCUGACCCCUCUCAAUGUGGAGAUAGACCCAGAGAUCCAGCGUGUGCGCACCCAGGAGCGUGAGCAGAUAAAGACCCUCAACAACAAGUUCGCCUCCUUCAUCGACAAGGUGCGCUUCCUGGAGCAGCAGAACCAGGUGCUGGAGACCAAGUGGGCGUUGCUGCAGGAGCAGGGACAGAACACGGGGGUCACCAAGAACAACCUGGAGCCUAUCUUUGAGGCCUUCUUGAGCAACCUGCGGAGGGUCUUGGACAGCAAGCUGGGCGAGCGGGGGAGGCUGGACACGGAGCUGAGAAAUGUGCAAGAUGGCCUUGAGGACUUCAAGAACAAGUAUGAGGAUGAAAUCAACAAGCGCACUGCUCUGGAGAAUGAGUUCGUGGUGCUCAAGAAGGAUGUUGAUGCUGCAUACAUGACCAAAAUGGAUCUGCAGGGUAGAGUGGAUUCCUUGUUGCAGGAGAUUGACUUCCUGCAGUGCCUCUAUGAAAUGGAGAGGAGCCAGGUGCAGACCCAUGUGUCUGACACCAACGUCAUCCUGUCCAUGGACAACAACCGCAACCUGGAUCUGGACAGCAUCAUCACAGAGGUCAAGGCCCAGUAUGAGCUCAUCGCCCAGAGGAGCCGGGCAGAGGCUGAGGCUUGGUACCAGACUAAGUACGAGGAGCUGCAGGUGACAGCUGGGAAGCAUGGGGAUAAUCUUCGAGACACCAAGAAUGAGAUUGCUGAGCUCACCAGAACUAUCCAGAGGCUGCAGAGUGAGGUAGAUGCAGCCAAGAAGCAGUGUCAGCAGCUGCAGGCAGCCAUUGCGGAAGCAGAGGAGUGUGGAGACCUUGCACUCAAGGAUGCUAAGAAGAAGCUUGGGGAUCUGGACACAGCCCUGCACCACGCUAAGGAGGACCUGGCCCGACUGCUGCGUGACUACCAGGCCCUUAUGAAUGUCAAGCUGGCCCUGGAUGUGGAGAUCGCCACCUACCGCAAGCUGCUGGAGAGCGAGGAGAGCAGGAUGUCGGGAGAAUGUCCCAGUGCAGUCAGCAUUUCUGUGACUGGCAACUCCACCACCGUGUGCGGAGGGGGUGGCAUCUCCCUGGGUGGGGGUGUUGGAGCCAGCAAAUGUGGAUUCAGCACCAAUGCAGGCUACGGCACUGUCAAGGGAGGGCCUGUCUCUGGGGGCACCUCCAUCCUGAGGAAGACCACCACGGUGAAGACGUCCCGCCGGAAGUACUAGCCACUGAGUCUCACCAGCUGGGGCCCCUGUAGUCCUCUCCCUGUCCCACUCCCCAUCUCUGCUGCCCUCCCCACCAAACCUUCUCAUGAGCAGCACCAGGGACCGCAGAUUCAGGGUGUUUCAUACCCACACUCUUUGCACACAAUUUGCAUUUGCCGAAAGGUACAAAUCUACCCAGAUUUUCUCCUUUGUUGUGGGAUGUGAUGGGAGGGGAGCUUAGGGUCACCAGCUUUAAGCGAUAUGUUUGGGUGACUUGGGGGUGACCUAUGGCCAUUGGGAGAAGGCUGGAUGUUCCAGCCACCUUGGCGUCUCUCAUCUCUUCUGGCCAUCCACCCUGGGUCCAGUACAGGCUGGGAAAGGAGAGAGGGAAGUUGGAAGUGGUCCCUAAAGACUCUCCAGCCUCCUUAGUCUCCAUCCCUUCCCUGAGUCCACCCACAGUUCUGUAGCCUGUCUGUGCCUGCAGUGUGUCUCAAUAAACAGCAACUACACCUGUC